GGUUCCAAACUGUUGGGAGUUGACUGACUCCAGCCUCUGGCUCCCCAGGCCCUCUGGAGCCGCCCGCCCUUCCGGGGCCAUGGAGAAGUCCACCCGCAAAACCAGAAAUGAAAGACAAGUCAACCUCAAGGUCAAGGAAUCUGUACACAACUUGAGCAAAACGCAGCAGACCAAACUCACUGUGGGCAGCCUGGGAUUAGGCCUGAUCCUCAUCCAGCAUGGGCCCUACCUCCAGAUCACUCACCUCAUCAAGAAGGGGGCUGCAGCGAAGGACGGGAAACUCCAGCCAGGUGAUGUUCUGAUUAGUGUUGGCUAUGCCAAUGUGUUAGGAUAUACUCUACGAGAAUUUUUAAAGCUUUUGCAUCAUAUCACCAUAGGAACAGUGCUACAAAUCAAGGUUUAUCGAGAUUUUAUUGACAUACCCCAAGACUGGCAAGAAAUAUAUGAUUUAAUCCCUGAGACCAAAUUCCCAGUAUCACACACACCAAAGAAAAGUGGGCAGGCAAAAGAUGAAUCUUUCACAAGCAGUGAUGACAAUGAAGAUGUAGUUUUAGAUAAAAGACUUACACACCAUAAUUAUUCACAGUCAACUAGGCAUCACUCUGCAAGGAGACCAAUAUCCAUCUCCAGAGAAUGGCAUGGAUAUAAAAAGAAGAACCAGACUAUUCGUGUAGGAAAAGACAUUAACUGUGACGUGAUGAUUCAUGGAGAUCGCAAGAAAGAAGUGAGAGCCCCUUCUCCAUACUGGACCAUGGUGAAGCAAGACAAUGAGAGCUCCUCCUCCUCCGCUUCCUCCAUCUCAGAUGCAUUCUGGCUGGAGGACUGUGCCCAAGUUGAAAAGGGCAAAGGUCAACCAGUAUCAAAGGUUGAUUAGGCAGUGGUUUGCAAAUCUGUGAUCAUAUAAGCAUUUAUCUUGAAAUCACCAAAUUUUUGUGCAUCACUGGGUGCAGGUUAGCUAUACCUACAGGAAUAUGUACAUACUUACCAAAUCUCUCCUAUGACUGCACUGUAAAGCCUUCAGAGACUUCCUUCAACGUGAUUAUCUAAAGACAUCCCUGCAGUCUUGCAGGCCUCACAAAUCUUAUUCUCAAAAUAGUAACAUAA